AUGAAGGAAUUGGCUUGCCAAGCAUCGUUCCAUGGAUUCAAAUUGAAUUUCAUCGACAAUUUUGAUGAGCUUUCACUUUCGGAGAGCGUUAAGGAAGCAACCGGAAACACUCAAACAAACUACUUAUUCUUUCCUCAAGGGACCUAUCAGCUGUGCUCACAGGCGUCUUCUGAUUCGUCUGGCGCUAAAUGGGUACUAAGCGUCCGAUCGCAGAUGCGAGGAAUGGUCAUCGACUUAGAUCAAAGGAUAGGAAAAUUCGCGAAAAUGGUUGUGAAUACGUUCUCAUCUCUUGGAGAAAAUGAGGACGACAUGGAUGAUAGGCGGUCGAAUGUUUCGGACGAUGAUCCUAAGAUCGAAGGUGCAGGUGAGCUGAAAAAUCUACGGCCAGAGGAGAGAGUGCCAUGGAUGGAGAGGAAGAUGCACGAGCAGUCAACAUUAGUAUCGGAUUUGAUCGGUUGUAAGGCGUCCGAGAAGCGCAUCGAAGCUGAACGAGGUAAACUUCGGCAGUACGAGCUGAUGCGAUUCAAGGAAUUUCGUCGUAGUAUGAUUGAAAAGAUCCGACGACGAAAGGACACCGGAAAUAAAGGAGAAAGAAGGCCUAGGACGUUCUCAAACGACAAUCUGAGACCAGCGAAAACCGCUGUGGAUCUACGUGCAUCGGAUACUGAAGAGAAAAACCAAACAGAAAGUGUCCAAAUGAAUAUCGAUGUCCAGGUGAGCAUCGAAUCAGGACGGUGUACGUUGCGAACAGCAUUGAAACAGGAGGCGUCCUUGAUUAUGAUGCCGGCAAUGGUUAAAAAGCCGUCAACGAAAGAUCUACGUGCGAAGGCUUUUGCCUCUGCCCAGCCAACGAAUUUCACAAGAUUCAGUAUUCCAAGCUUGGACAUGAAAGGCUACUACAUAUCAGCGGAUUCUGGUUCUCUACCAGCAUCAGUGGCGACUUCCUUCUCCAAAGGAGCGGCCCAAUCACAUCCAUCAUUGUCGGAAUCCGUUCAACAUCACAGUCCUAAUCUCCCUAACAGUGCAAUAAUUCGGAAUCGGGGAUGCUUCUACUUGUCAGCGGCAUUGGCAUCAAUGCCGACGGAGACGGUUGUCACACCUCAUCUAGCUGACUAUUUGGAGCAGGUACUGGAACCCCUUCCUAUCUCAUCAGGCGCCACGGUUACUUCAGUGCCCUCAGUAGCAGAGCAACAAGAAGGUGUAGCCCAUAUUGUUGGAAUGGAUACUAGUGCGCUACCGAUUGAUGUCUUGUUCUUCCUCACGGUUCAGAGCAGUACCAUUCGAUUUGAUGGCCAACAGCAGAGGAGCUCGGCUGCGGACUGCCUUUUGAAACUGCCGUGUCUAUCGUUGAUGGCAUCCACAAGGCGGACAGUGGAAGAUACCUAUGUUGGCGGUAUAGAUGUAUCAGCGACACUGAGCGCGUUUUCGCUAAGUAUAUACAGUCCACAUCAGCAAUCUACGGCUCAUGAUGCCUUAUCGCUUACCCUUGACCAUCUGUCUUUUGUGAUUUCUCGAAGUAAGAACUCGUCCGUGGAAGCCGACAACCGUGUGAAGGUGAUCACGUUAUGA